CGCACUAGUGGUGUCCCGUUUCUUCCAGAAAUCAUUGUGCGUGCUGUACAAGGAAGGAAGGAACCCCCAGCUGUCCAUCCAACCUUGGGGAUCCGAUCCCGUCGAGGAGCGAGGAGGACAGACACUAGAGGGAGCCAGUCAGCGCUACAGCACAGCCAUGGCGGAGGAAGCAGCAGCGCCGGCGGUGGCGGCGGGGACGGAAGCCGCGCCGCCGCCGGGGAAGAUGACGAUGGUGGUCGGGGUGGACGAGAGCGAGCACAGCUUCUACGCGCUGCAGUGGGCGCUGCAGCACUUCUUCCCGCCGCCGCCACAGCCGCAGCAGUACCGCCUCGUCGUCGUCACCGCCAAGCCUUCCGCCGCCUCCGCCGUCGGCCUCGCCGGCCCAGGCGCCGCGGAUGUGCUGCCGUACGUGGAGGCGGACCUCAAGAAAACCGCCCUGCGCGUCAUCGACAAAGCCAAAGCACUCUGCGCACAGGUGAGCGACGCCGUGUUUGAGGCGGUGGAGGGGGACGCUAGGAGUGUCCUCUGCGAGGCGGUCGAGAGGCACCACGCCGAGAUGCUCGUCGUCGGCAGCCAUGGCUACGGAGCCAUCAAAAGGGCUGUUCUUGGAAGUGUGAGCGACUACUGCGCCCAUCACGCGCACUGCACCGUGAUGAUAGUAAAGAAGCCGAAGCAUCACAAGCACUGAUCAAUGAUCCAGUUUGACAGAUCACUACGUAUACUUCAAAUAAUAUGUACUGCAAAGUUGUGUAUAUGCGCCAGUUUGUGAAUAAUUGGAUCAUCAACCAUCACACGUUCGGUUGCUUCUGCAAGUAGUAUCCGAUGCAUGCAUGCAAUCCUUCUACAUGGGGAUUGGGAAUUACCAAUAAUUGAUUGUUCUCUGAACCUCAAAACAAUGUAUUUGUAUCAAUGUGUUGACGUAUAUGUGAUUGCAACUUCUUUACUGUGA